AACAACAUGGAUGUAGCCUGAAUAGGGCAUUUUCCUGAUCUAGCCAAUCAGUCACUAAAAGUGCACGUGUUAAUUGUAUUACGAAAUCUGGCCCAUUAUACACAGUUCAAUUUAGUAUAAUUAACAGUGUCUAUUUUGUCUCUGCACCAAGAUUGUUGGCUCUAUCUGCUUAAAAUGGAGCGGAGCUUCCUGGCACUAGAUUGCCCCAGAAGAGACAUUCCCAGCGCUGUGUCUCCUUCGGCUUGCCGUAAUGCCUUAAUCCACAGUAAAAUUGGGCCAGUGUUCCCUGACCCACUGCACUCGUAGAUCUGGGAGCCCACUGGGCUUUGUGUUCAUUUGUUUUCAUAAGCGGAGACUGCAUUUAAACCAGUUCACUGCCAACGCAGCCACGAAGCUCUGCUGAGACGUAACGUAACACACAUUAGCAUUAAAAACCUCAAUUAUGAAUGAGGGCCAUGAACAUGCAAAUUAGAUUUUUUUAGAUUCAGUUUUGAAACAGGAUAGGCUGCAUGCUGGGAUUAGCCCAAGUGCUUAGAGAAGGUCAAGGAUAUAGUAAUGCAAUAACAGGAACGUGCAGACGCGUGCCUCUAUGGCUAUGAAGAGCAUGAGAAAGUUGAGAGUAGUCAAAAUGAAUGUAAUUCUUUGUUACAAAUGGCAACAACUUCACUAAUGUGUCACAUAUUGGUUCCACUAGGACGCACUGACCCGUUGCAUGUAGGCCAUGAGAAACAGGCUACUGUGCACUGGUUACCGGUGCAGGUUAGCAUGGAUGUCAGAGAGCUAUGACAUGGCCGCAAUCCACGGGUGUGUUCCAUUCAAAUGCUUAGGUUUGUCUAAUCCCUGCUAUUAUCGUGGAUCUGUAGCCAAAGCCUGGGCCAUUACAGCUGUCCUGCUGUUGCACUCCAGCUGUCCUAGCGACCCGAUCAGCACGGCAGCACGGCAUGAUGGGAUCGGGUCACUGGUACAGCUGUGGGUGAAGCAGCAGCACAGUCCUAUUGCCUUUGUUUUUGUGUGUUUUUUUUUUUUUUUUUCUCUGUUCCAUGCGUAUGGCGAAUUGCAAGGAGAUGUUUGGAACAUCAUGAAAGGGAUUGCAUCACUGAUUGUUUUUACACUUCUGUAGUGUUUGAAUAAACAAAAGGUCUUAUACUCCUUUCAUUAAGCUGCCAAGGUCUGCAGCCAAAUCAUACAGAGAAACACUGUUUCUGUUUAACAUCUCCUCCACAAAGAGAUCACCUCACUGAUAACUUUCUCCUGUAUUCCAUUGUUUACUUUCUCCGUGCAGGUUGAAGAUGAUGUCUGAAGAAGUCCAGUGCAGAGCGCUCGAGGAGGACCCGGAGUCUGAGGAGGGCGACCUGGAGUCGUAUCUGGAGGAGGAGAGCAGCAGUGAGCUCCUGGAGCGCGUCCGAGAGCUUCAAGCUGAAAACUCGGCCCUUUCCUUAGCCAACGAGAGCCAGAGGGAAGCUUAUGAGAGAUGUCUGGAUGAGGUCGCCAACCACGUCGUCCAAGCCCUGCUCAACCAGAAGGACCUUCGGGAGGAGUGCAUCAAGCUGAAAAUGCGAGUGUUUGAUUUGGAGAGGCAGAACAGAACACUGUGUGAACUCCUCCAGGAAAAACUGCACAAUCAGUCGUGUGUACAUCAGCAGACUGGGUCCUGCUUGGAACACAUUACUGAGCUACAACACAGCGAUGUAAGCAAACUGAUUGAAACUCAGAAGAAUGCACAAGCCAAGGGAAAUGGAGAGUGUGCACAAAAUUGCUUUCCUGAUACCCAGAGUUCCGCCGCGUCCAUGGAGGCCUUAUCUCCAUUCCUGAAAAAGAAAGCACACAUCCUGGAGGUUCUCCGCAAGCUCGAGGAGACUGACCCUCUGCGCUACCACCGCUCCUCUGGCAUCUCAUCCCUCUGUGAAUACAGCCAAGCUCUGGUCUCCAAGGACACCAUGUUGGCCUGCAGAGACAACUCGUCUAGGUGUAACGCAAGCAAAACGCAUUGUUCCCAUUCCUGUUCAGACCUCUGCACACAUCAACACUUGAAUGGAGGAGAGCACAACAGCGCGAAGUGCGGAAGUUGUAGCACAUGUCUGAUUUUGUCCAAUAAAGAUUCUGUCGGUCUAGCCAACAGUAGCCACAACUGCUGCACUUCGACCGCCGUUAAUAUCGACAACCUCAACUUGGCCUCCCCUGAAUGCCAUAAGAGCCAAGACCUGCAGAGCCUCACGAAACCUACCGCAGGCACUAGUGAAGAUGUAGUCAACAGGAAGUCUGCUGGUGUGUCUGUGUCGUCAUCGGAACAAAGUCUCGACCCAUCCAGUGAACCCGUGCCAAAGGAAGGGUCAGACUCUCUACCUAAGUUGCCAGUGGCUGAAAGAGACCAAAAUAGAGUUCCUGAUCAUGAACCACCCACUUCCUUUGCAACAAUAGAGAGAGGUGCAAAAGACAACAAUAGAAUUUCUGAUGUUCCGGUAGACUCCGAAUCAUCAAAAAGGUCGAGUGGUAGCACAUGCGAUGAACAAAUUAUCGAUGCGAAUAUAACCAGUGCAAGUCUGCCGGAAAAGGAUUUUAAGCACUUAAACGUUGUAGCAUCUGAGAGGCUGGAUAAAGUCACAGGACACGAAGAGCUUUCGCAAAAGGAUGACACUAAUGUCUACACGGUCCACCCAACCAUUUCCAAGCUGCCUACUCUUGGUCUGAAAGAGAGCUUACAAGAAGCAUACUGUGAGUCAGACAGCAGCAAAUUGGUCCAUAAAGGCUUGCUGUUUUCUCCCAAUGAGAACCAAACUGCCUCAAGAGUGCUGGAUGAGAUAUGCGUCCCUGUAAAAGACAGCAUCCCACAAGACCAUCAAGCUGAUAGAUCCAAACUUGUUAGUCCAAACCAAGUAUCAUGCCUCAGAGAGGUCAAGGCCUCUCCUUCAAAGCUGCUGAAGUUCCUCAAGAUUCCAACCAUAGGGGAGCGUUCCCCAGCAGCCAACACACCCCGUCUCAGCCCACAGUUGGCGCGGAGCUCCAAGAUCCCCUGCCGAAGUAACAACUACGAGGUGCACCAUUCACCAGUCGCUGUCCGCAAAGCAACUACAACAGAAAGACAAAAACAGUCACCGGGUCCCAAAUCAGAAACGUACCCCACCGCCCAUUCUGCACCAACCUCUCCUCCUCAGCCUGAUGAGCCUCCUCCAGUGGUGCCAAAGGAGGUUAACAUAUCUAAAAACAGUAGAGGAGGCAAACUUGCACAAACUGGCACGCCACAGAAAAACAUCCGGAAAAUACCACAUUAUGAAAAUGUUGCCGAUCUCUCAGUCAGUGCCAGUAGUACUGACAUAUCUCAGGUUCUUGGUGAGGUAAGCACUGCUCUCCGUCACGCCAGCUCAAACACCGAAAGAGUCAAAGCAAAGCAAGGACAUUUUGCGGGGGAGAAGCCCACGAGCGUUAAGUCACAAAAGGACACUUCGCCUGGCUCUGACAUCUCUGACCAAGAGGAGAGCUCAGACAGCCCCGUAUGGCAUAAGCAGGUCAACCAUCGCAGUUUGCCCACUCAGUCAUCUUCUCAGAAGUCACAGCUUGGCAUCAGCACGAGGUCCAAAAGCCAAGAGAAAAAUGAGCCAGUGAAAGAUCAGUCACAAAAUGCAGGAUCACCCAUCAAAAGGAAUGACCCACCACCCAUUCCCAAGAAGACUGGCACAGGUAGACACGCAAAUGAAUCCAGCCAUUCCUUUAAAGAGAGAUUGGCUGCACUUGGUAAACUGAGGAACCAAGAAGAAUCAGUAGCUUGUUCCCAGUCAGCUGAAAAAAGAGAACUGCAGUCUAGUGUGGGGGUGCAUCCGCGGCCCAGUGACAAAAUCAAAAACGCUGACAGGAACUCAGAUUGUAAAACUGGAGAACAUAGACUGUCAAAAAAUACAGAUUCCAUUGAGGAAAAACCAUAUGUCUCUGGCCAGAUGGACAGUGCCAUCUCAAAGCAAGCUCAGUUUCAGCCUGCAGACCAAGGGAUCAAAUCUCUGCCUGUAAGCUCUGUAAUUUCUAAACUGGAAAAUGAGUCCUCUAGAAUGUCCUUGGCAAAGCCAGAAAGCCCGAAGUCUAAAAUGCCUCCACCAACCAGCAACUUAGAGGCUGUCCAAGCUUUGCGCAGCUAUGCUAAAAGUGCAACACCGCAUAGUCUUUCAUAUGGCGGGAAAAACAUCGCAAGCCCACACAGUGGCAGCCCCAACAAAAUUCCCCUGAAAUCUCCAACUAAAACUGUACCGCCAUCUUUGAACCGAGAUGGUAAACCUUCUCAAGAACUUCCAAAAUACCUGUCCAAAUCUGAAGACCGGAGCCAACUUCGAGCCAGUAAGAAGAAGAAUUCCUCUGGCGGGGACAGCCUUCCUCCUCCUCCACCAAGGCCGGUAGAGUCAGGUGAAGAAAAGAGGCACUCUGCACCCAGCCCUCAGUCUUCCAUCGAACAGAAAGUAAUGAAGGGCAUCGAGGAAAAUAUGCUGAAGCUUCAAGAACAGGACAAAGGUCAAGUAACUGAGGUGAAACAGAAGGCUUCCAGUGGUAUUGCCAACUGGUUUGGCUUGCGGAAAAGCAAGCUUCCAGCCCUUAGCCGCAAGCCCGAGACAUCAAAAGGCAAAGAUGAUAAGAGGGAAUGGAAACUGAAUAUAUCCUCCGUGGGGAAGGAUACCAAGGUGCCUGCUAAAAAGCCAGAGAGCGAGAGCUUGAACAUAUCCAUGCUAAUGGAAAAGGCCGAAGGCCUACACAAAGCCCUGGAGGAGGAACGAGCAUAUGUGAACGGCGUUGCGUUGGAUCGACAAGGGAAAGGACAUUCCUGUGAGGUGGUGAUGGACCAGGUGCAGGGACAGCUGUCUGUUAUGUACCGGGGAGUGCCAUCAGAUAACUUCAUGCAACAGCUGCUUAACCGGGUGGACGGGAAGGAUGUUGGAGGCAUCAGUGUGGCCCAUCGACGCCUCUCCUUUGACUGUAAAGUCAGGCCAGUCUUCAGUCAUGGUACUGCUGGUGUUAGUCAGACUAGAAGUAGGGAAGACAUGGAAAAGAGUUCUGCUUUAAUAAGUAAAGUAGAUGGUGUAUCGGAUGAAAACCUCGCCGAUUCAAUGCAUCACGAACAUUUCGCAGGUUCUGGAAUCUCCACACACACCUUGGACAGUGGUAUCGGCACAUUUCCUCUUCCUGACUACAGUGCAAACGCUGGCUGUAAAAACACGCCCAAAGUCAAGGCUCAAGGCGAGAACGAGCCUCCCCUUCCCCAGGGAUCAGGGGUGAAAAUUCCUCACAAGGCCUGGAAUCUGGAGAGGGAGCUAUCAUCUUUGGAAGAAGACUACAUUAUGGGUCAGGAAAUGGAUAGUACCACCCUUGAAGGAAAGAUCGCGUCCAGUCAGGUUUCGGACAUGUGUCUUGAAGGCACUGAUGUAUGUGGAGCGCCCAUGAGGUCUGGCCCCACCAAGAACUGGACUUUUCCCAACCCGAAAGGAUCUACAGACUCUUCAGAUGUUUAUCUUGGAGUUGGGAAAGUCUUGGAGCCAGUAACCGAGAAGAGCUCAUUUAGGAGGCGCACCAAGACCGGCGAAGCUGCGGUGGGCCGUGACAGCGAGACAGCCCAGGUGCGCAGGGGAAAAGGUCGCGGGCCUGGCAACCCAGACGCGGUGAGGGAGCCAGGCUUGGAGCUGGUGAGAGAAAGGCCCGAUGAUGCCCUCUCCCCUGGACACCCCCAGGUCCUAGAAACCCCAGAGUCUCUCAGCGACUCUCUCUAUGACAGCCUGUCCUCCUGCGGUAGCCAAGGCUGAGGGGCAGCGCUGUGGCGGACGAACAGUUGACUGGCCAUCAGGUACCAACCUUUUCUCUGCAGGUCUUUUUUUUUAAGGUAGACACUGAUAGGAAACUCCUUUUUUUGGCAUAAGAAGAUCCCCACUGUGUAUUCCGUCUGCAGACAAGAUUCACCUUUCUAGCCGAGAAUUAUAGCCGUUUGUGGUGGACCCGAGUGACCCACCCAAUUUUUACACUCCUACCGUCAAUACAAACAUCUCCACACGGCGAUUGCCCUGUUUCAUGUUGUAGCAAAGUAGAAAUUGGCCAUUGUUCUGUCACUUAAUUGUCGAUUGAGCGCUUUGAUGAUUUGAACACUCAAAUGUCACAAGUCUUCCUUUUUUAAAAACCUCUCAGAAUGUUCUCGUAGUGUCUCUACAUGUACAUCAGUGCACAUCAUUUGUUAACAUAGUUGUGUAAAGUUAUUGCAAAGUGGAAAGUGUUUAAGUAUGUGAUUUUUCAUAAUUUAAUAUGCAUUUUAUGUAAAAAAAAAAAAUUGGAAAACAUGCAUUUGUGUACAAUUUGCAUCAGUUGUUCAUUAAAUCCAUUAUAUGUUAAGUGGCAAAAACUUGUAGCAAUAAUAAUACUAUCCAUGUGAGAGAGCUACAGUGUUUUACGGUGAACUUUGCAAUUAAUUUAUUUUUUUUCAGUGCGGCAAGGCACUAAUACAUUUUAAUUGCUGUUUUGUUUAUUUGUUGUUAAUCUAUUCACUGGGCCUGGUGGUUUGUGUGCAUGGGUCUCUGUAUGUUUCCUUUUAGCAAUGCUUUGAAGGUGAUAUUUUUUACAUGAGCCCGACUUCUUAGUUUGCUUGAUAACCUUACGCAAAGGCAAGAGGGCAGGGACUUUCUUGUGGGACUGAGAAAUCUAGCCGUGUCAUUAUGCCCUUCAGGUUAUGCAAGAAUAUUUGUUUCAUUCAGUCAGUGUUGUUCACUUUCAGUGAGUUUCUGGGUGACUAACUCAGCAAGAUGACCUCAUUCUAUAUUGUACAUGUUUGCUACUUCCCAUGUUAAAAAAAUCCCCGUAAACAUAGCUCACAUUUUCCAGCACCUCACCCUAUGUGAAUAUGGCGUGAUUAUGAAUGCCUUAUUAAGCACGGUUCUUAAUGAGUUUUAGAGACACUACAGUCACCCACAUUUACCCGCUUGGUAAAAGUCAACUUCUGCGGUAAAUUUAUGUCACUUUUGUUGGUCACCUUUUGACAGUUGGUUUUAAUUGGUUGCAUAAUAGGAAAAAGGGAUGCCUAUUUUAAGCAUUUCUCAUUUCUUAAGUUUAAAAUUUGGUGAGUACGUUGUACAGUUACUACAAAAGAGUUUUGAUCCUUGCUUAUACAAUUUAAUCACAGCACAGAUAAUAGAGUUGGACAACUAACUGUAGCACAUUUUUCUACCCACAGCAAAAAGCUAAAUAGUUUCUAGCCAAAGCAAAAAGCUUAAACUGAAAUAUUUCGGUUGACUUUUACGUUUGGUUUCUUUUUUUGCUCCCCCCCCCAUGCCAUUGUAAAACAAACAAACAAACAAAAACAACAACAAAAAACAACAAAAAAACCCAACUGUUCUGUGAAAAUAACUGUUGAGCUUUUAGAUGUCAUUAACAUCAUAUGUAAACAUCACACUAAACAUUCUUUUUUUGACAAUUGUUUAUUAGAUCAGUCUGAGAUUUGUGUUUUUGUGUAUUAGAUUUUAAAUUUGCCUGUAGAAGUUACAACUUUUAUUUUCACAUUGUAUUUUGUUGCAAUUAUCAGGAAUAUUUUAUAUUAGUUUGCUAUGUUUACAAAAGAAUUUAUGAUGAAGCUGUUAAUAUAUCUGUAAACUUUUUAUAUCAAGGUGCUAUCAAAUGUUUUCCAUUCAUCUCUACAAAAGCCAUAAAUGUGUUUUUUUUUUCCAUGAUCAUCUUUAUAGGCAAUUGCCAUCACUCAUGCAACUAAAUAAAACCUUUUUAUGCAUUUUUGCAGUGGUUCCUUUUUUGAUUAGAGAAUACAUCAUUUUCUUUUUGCCUUUGUCUGGUGUUGUUUGCUGAAAUCCAGCACCCCCUGGUGGACACUUCACUUACGUCCCCGCAGAAUUUUUAGUUGCUGAGGUCAUUAUUUUUAAAUGCAUCUCAUGAAACUGGGCUUCUCAGUAACUCACCAAUGUUUUGCAGACUGCAGAUUCUCCAGAAAAAAAGAGCUAUUAGCACUCAAAUCGAGACCCUGUCAGAUUUGACAGGGUCUUGACUUUGCACAGGUGUCACACUAUGUUUGAUUAUCAAAGCAGCCCAGUUAAUGGAACAACAAGGCAUUUCCCAACUAGUAUUUGUAGUGGCAGUACGCUACAGUAAAGGAAUUAAACAGACCUACUAAACAAAUAAGGUGUGCUGCCAGCUGUUUACAUAAGUAGCAAAGACAGCUUCUCAAAUGAGCUUUCAACAAACGUGGACAAGUGUACUUGAGCCCAGUCAUUUAUUUGCUGAGUUACAAACACACUGAUAGAAUAUUGACAAUGCAGCCACCGAACAAGCAGUAAUUGCACAGAGAUUUAAAGAACCACUCAAAAUGCAACACUGAACAUGUACUUUCCUUAGGGGGGGGGGGGGGGGGGGGGGGGGGAGUUGUGCCACGUGUUCCAGUGGCACAAACCGGUGCUGUACAGAUGAUCCACAGAAAGAAUGUUUUCUUUCAUUAAACACAGCAAAUGGACACUUUUGUGGUAGAUUUGAAUGAUCCAAGUUUAUAUGUUGAAUUAGAUGCCAGCGUACAACAUUUGAUUCAGAGUACAUGUAACUUACAAAUACAGUAAAACAUACACAAACAAUUUGCCGAGCACUCAUGUCAGAGACAACAUAAGACAUCCGUUGGUGAAAUUUGCUGAGUGGUUGUUAUAGAUAUUUUACUAGAUACAAACAUUCUAAGGAUUUCCCAUUAUUUGGUCCCAAUAUUGCUGUAAUAUUAUAUUCUGCAUGCCGCGGUCUUCUCAAAAAAAA